AUGGAGAACCUCACUUUGAAUAACGUGACUGUGGGGAAUGACACGUCGGUGCAGGACAAUCAAACCCUGGGUGUGUGGACUGACUACACGGUCGAGUACAAAGUGGCCAGCGUGUUCCUGGUGUGUCUAAUAUGCGGGGUGGGGAUCGUGGGGAACGUGAUGGUCAUACUUGUGGUUAUGACCACCAAACACAUGCGGACUCCCACUAACUGUUACCUGGUGAGUCUGGCAGCGGCUGACCUGAUGGUUCUGACUGCCGCUGGGCUGCCCAAUAUCACGGACGCCCUGCACGGACAGUGGGUGUUCGGGUACUUGGGGUGCUUGGGGAUCACUUAUUUUCAGUACCUGGGCAUCAAUGCGUCCUCGUGCUCCAUCACCGCCUUCACCGUGGAGCGCUAUAUCGCCAUCUGCCACCCCAUCAAAGCGCAAUUCCUGUGCACUUUAUCCAGGGCGAAAAAGAUCAUCAUGCUGGUUUGGGCGCUCACUUCUGUCUACUGUGUCAUGUGGCUCUUUCUGUCAGACACUAAAAACUUAGUUUAUGACAACGUGGUUCUGCUCAGCUGCGCCUACAAAGUAUCCAGGAACCACUACCUGCCUAUUUACUUUACAGAUUUUGCAGUUUUUUACGUGCUGCCCCUCAUGUUAGCCACAGUUCUGUAUGGGCUGAUCGCCCGGAUCCUGAUCCUGAACCCACUGCCCUCAGACCCCAGAGACAGCACCAAGAAGUGGAAGAAGGAGACGACUCAAGGGGGGAGGAUGAUCAGCUCCAACUGCUCCAGCAGCACAACGGCGGCUUCCCGCAGACAGGUGACAAAGAUGCUAGCUGUGGUAGUGAUACUCUUCGCCUUACUUUGGAUGCCCUACCGUACCUUAGUGGUGGUCAACUCCUUCCUGGACAAGGCCUACCUGGACACCUGGUUCCUUCUCUUCUGCCGUCUCUGCAUCUACCUAAACAGCGCCAUCAACCCAGUGAUCUACAACGCCAUGUCCCAGAAGUUCCGCACCGCUUUUAAGAAAUUGUGUCACUGCGGCCCUCAGCGCAUAGAGAAACCAGCUUCUUACAGUGUGGCGUUAACCUAUAGUGUUAUAAAGGAGACAUCCAACGGGGAGAGUCCAGACCACUUCACUACAGAGAUGGAUGAACUACACACACCGACAGACCAGUACUUGCCCAACAGCAUCCUUCCAAGUGUCAAGAAGAUGCCGUUUGAGAAACCUCCUCUAUCUGGAAAAGAUGUCAAAGCCUGAUACAAAACAAACCCUCCACUUAAAGAGGAAAGUGGAGAUUCUGAUGGCCGCUGUAUGGAUCCAGUCACCCAUUGGACAUUUUAGAGAAGUUUUAAUUAAAAGGACCCAGACACUUCCGAUUUAAUCUAUCCAAAGGGUCUUCUCUCUGACAUGUUUCUUUACUUGACAAGACCAUCUGCCAGGAGCAAACAGGAUGCUUUGAAAUGAGCUGACACAGGCCAAUAUGUAUGACAUGAAUUAAGGAAACUUACAUGAAUCUUGCAAAUUACACUUUAUUGAUACAGCUACAGAGCAGUCAUUCCUUGCUGCAGAGAAUGUCUGUGCUUUUCUUCUGAAAGAGAAAGCAUUAGCUAUUAAUGCAUGGUGAGAUGUAACUAAUUCGCUGAUACAAUGCAGAGACACCUUUCUGUGAACAUCAAUUUACACCACUGCAGAAAGAGCGUGUAUGAGGGAUAUUCAUGUCAUAUCAAUGAGUUUAAUUAUUGCUUUCAUCCUUCCUCUCCAAUCUGAGCAGAACCAGACCCUGUUGAACCAGAUACAACUAUACGUCACAUUACAGAGUGAGGUUU